AUGGAUGCAUCAAAUUGGACUUCUUCAGUUUCCAUGACCUUAGCUGUCUCCACUAUUUGUAAGUUCACAUUCUCAAAGGAACUUGAACUAGAGCAUUAUUUGGUGCUGAGGAGUGCCCAUUAUGUUCCUGAGUUGAUGUUGAGGCUGCAGCUUCUGGAGUGGGCAGUAGAGGGGUUUCACCGUGUGUCACUAUCAUUUGGUUACUCCCUUCAGCUUGACUUCUGGAUGAUUGUAAUGGAGAUUGUGAAAUUGGAGUUGUCAAGUUCGUCCGACCCUUCAGUUGCUUCUCCAUCAUUCUUUCGAGGUUGGAAAUAUGAGGAGCGUGACGGCCGGAUACGAUCCGUCAGCAGAGCAGAAGAGGAAAAUUCACCGACGAAUGAAGGUGGUGAUGAUGACAAACCGACUGGUGGGCGGCAGAAUCGGGCGAUGGUUUGGCGGCGCUGGGUGAGGUUGGAUGUGACAGGGCGGUGGCUGUGGGCUGGAGUGCCGCCGUCGGUCUGUGUGCAUUUGCCGCUCUUCUCGCCGGCUACCCACUGCCCCUCCCGCCGGCAACCUACAGUUCUGCCGCCAACGCCAAUCAUCCCGCCACCUUUGGAGCUGCCGGAUAUGCCGUCCACGAACACACAGGUGGGAUCUCCGCCUCUGUCGCCGCGCCGUCGAGCGCCUUUCUUCACCUACGAUCGCACGGUCGUCUGCUGUGCCAACGCCAUCAGAUCAGACGAUGUCGAAAUCAUCGGGAAUAUACUGGAAAAGCCGUCCCCACCGUGA